AUGCUCUUGGAUGAGCUUAGCUAUUACGUGCAGAACGAAGUCCCAGUUCACUUGAUAUACAUUCCGCAGAGCAGAUUGGUUGACAGGAACUUCGUGGAAGAGCACUUUCGAAAUCACCUGCUCCGAGAGGUCUAUGGCAACCCUUCUCGUUGGCGAGAAUCUCUUCCCGCUCGGCCGAAGAUACUUGGAAAACCCAUUGAUGUUACUGACGAGAGACAGCUAUGCAGAUUCAUAAUCCGCCAAAUAGUAACUUAUGCUAUACUCUCGCACAGAUGGGAGCAGGAAGAGGUGACAUACAGCGAAUGUAUUUCAAUAUACAAACCGCCUGAGACGGCGUACAACUUCAGCGGGCGCAAUAAAUUGUGGCGUUUUCUUGAUGCAGCAUCCUCGAUCGGGAUCCAGUUUGCGUGGGCUGACACAUGCUGCAUCGAUAAAAGCAGUAGUGCCGAACUUGACGAGGCGAUUCGGUCCAUGUUCCGUUGGUACCAAAACUCAGCGCUUUGCGUCGUCCAUCUCGCACAGACAAAUUUCCUCGGCGACAUGCAUCGAGACGAAUGGUUCAACAGAGGUUGGACUUUGCAGGAGCUCCUUGCGCCAUCAAGAAUCAAAUUCGUGAAUAAGGACUGGGAACUGCUAGUCGGAGCCUACAACGAUAAAGAUAACCGCAAAGUGACGCAGAUUCCAUUAGAGGUUCUGGCCGAGCCCUUCGUGCCGAAGACCGACAAGAUCAACACCAAAAUGCGCUGGGCAGCCCUCAGGAAAACUACAAGAGCAGAGGACAGCGCCUACUCCUUGAUGGGCAUGUUAGGCGUCAGCAUACGGACCGCGUAUGGAGAAGGACGCACCAGAGCCUUUCACCGUCUUAUCAAGGCAGUCGUCGACGACGUGAAAGAUCUUUCGGUUCUC